AGCUAUAAGAGGACACCCAGGUUCCUGCUGCUCUUCACUAUCCAGCAACCAUGAACUCCUUCUCCACCCGAAGCGGCACAAUGAGGACCUCCACCAUGAUGGGUCCCUCCAUGUCCACCUCGUCUCGUCGCCUCAGCGGUAUGAGCUCCGGCAGUGUCUACGGAGGAGCCGGAGGACUUGGAGUCCGCAUCUCCAAGUCCGCCUCCACCUUCUACUCUCCCACCACCGGCUCUUCUGUGCUGGCUGUAGCCGACAACGAGAAGUCCACCAUGCAGAACCUCAACAACCGGCUGUCCUCCUACCUGGAGCAGGUCCGCAAGCUGGAGGCGGCAAACGCCGACCUGGAGCUGAAGAUCCGUCGCUUUCUGGACAACAAGGCCAAGCCGGAGGUUCAUGACCUGAGCGGCUUCAACGUCCGCAUUAGAGAACUGCAGGGACAGAUCUGCGCGGCCGCUCGUGGAAACGCCGCCGAGGUUCUCGCCAUCGAUAACUCUCAGCUCGCCAUCGAUGACUUCAAAAUCAAGUACGAGAACGAGCUCGGCAUGCGUCAGUCGGUGGACGCCGACGUCGCUGGACUGAAGAAUGUCCUGGACCAGCUGAUGCUGAGUCGCAGUGACCUGGAUAUGGAGGUGGACGGUCUGAAGGACGAGCUGCUGCUUCUGAAGAGGAACCACAACGAGGACCUGCUGGCUCUGAGGUCUCAGAUGGGCGGUCAGGUGAACGUGGAGGUGGACGCUGCUCCUCAGGAGGAUCUGAGCACGCUCAUGGCCUCCAUCAGAGAACACUACGAGAACGUCGCCGCCAAGAACCGUGCUGAUCUGGAGGCGUGGUUCCACGCCAAGACAUCAGAGCUCAACAAAGAUGUGGCUGUGAGGACCGAGAACCUGCACACGACCAAGUCUGAGGUGACAGAACUACGCCGGAGUCUCCAGGCUCUGCAGAUCAAACUCCAGAGUGAGAUCAGCAAGAAAAAUGUUUUGGAGGGAACGUUGGCAGAGACCAAUCUCCGCUACACUAACAUGCUAGCAGGUUACCAGAGGCAGGUGGAGGUCCUGGAGGAGCAGCUGGCUCAGCUGAGGUCAGACCUGAAGAACCAGGAGACCCUGUACAGCGACCUGCUGGACAUCAAGACCCGUCUGGAGCUGGAGAUCGCAGAGUACCGGAGGCUGCUGGACGGAGAGUUGCAGAGUUCUACUAACGUCACCAGGAAGACCGUGACCAUCGUGCAAGAAGUCGACGCCUUUGGAAACGUUUUGUCCACCAGCCGCAAUUAGAGCAAACGUAAACAACAUUAAACCAAGCAACUGUAAACAA